CUCGGCUCGGAGGUCGCGGGCCGGCGGGCGCCCCGUCGGCCGCUGCCGCCUCCCCGAAGCCCGCCCGCGCGCAUGAGGCCGCUGCCCCCGCCGCAGGCGCUGGCGCCCCCCUCGCGGUGCCCGUGGUGAUGCCAUGCCCCGCCGCCACGCGGGAGGAGAGGAGGGCGGCGCCGCCGGGCUCUGGGUGAAGAGCGGCGCGGCGGCCGGGGGGCGCCCGGGCAGCGGCAUGAAGGAUGUGGAGUCGGGCCGGGGCAGGGUGCUGCUGAACUCGGCGGCCGCCAGGGGCGACGGCCUGCUGCUGCUGGGCACCCGCGCGGCCGCGCUCGGCGGCGGCGGCCUGCGGGAGAGCCGCCGGGGCAAGCAGGGGGCCCGGAUGAGCCUGCUGGGGAAGCCGCUCUCGUACUCCAGCGGCCAGAGCUGCCGGCGCAACGUCAAGUACCGGCGGCUGCAGAACUACCUGUACAACGUGCUGGAGAGACCCCGCGGCUGGGCGUUCGUCUACCACGCGUUCGUUUUUCUCCUUGUCUUUGGUUGCUUGAUUUUGUCAGUGUUUUCCACCAUCCCUGAACAUACAAAAUUGGCCUCAAGUUGCCUCUUGAUUCUGGAGUUCGUGAUGAUCGUCGUCUUCGGUUUGGAGUUCAUCGUUCGCAUCUGGUCUGCGGGUUGCUGCUGUCGGUACAGAGGAUGGCAGGGAAGGCUGAGGUUCGCCCGGAAGCCCUUCUGUGUCAUAGAUACCAUUGUUCUUAUCGCUUCAAUAGCAGUUGUUUCUGCAAAAACUCAGGGUAACAUUUUUGCCACAUCGGCACUCAGAAGUCUCCGUUUCCUACAGAUCCUCCGUAUGGUGCGCAUGGACCGCAGGGGAGGCACCUGGAAAUUACUAGGUUCCGUAGUUUAUGCUCACAGCAAGGAAUUAAUCACAGCUUGGUACAUAGGAUUUUUGGUUCUUAUUUUUUCAUCUUUCCUUGUCUAUCUGGUGGAAAAGGAUGCCAAUAAAGAGUUUUCUACAUACGCAGAUGCUCUCUGGUGGGGCACGAUUACAUUGACCACGAUUGGCUAUGGAGACAAAACGCCCCUGACCUGGCUGGGAAGGCUGCUUUCUGCAGGCUUCGCGCUGCUGGGCAUUUCUUUCUUUGCACUUCCUGCCGGCAUUCUUGGCUCAGGCUUUGCAUUAAAAGUACAAGAACAGCACCGCCAAAAACACUUUGAGAAAAGAAGAAAUCCCGCCGCCAACCUCAUUCAGUGUGUUUGGCGCAGUUACGCAGCCGAUGAGAAAUCUGUGUCCAUCGCCACCUGGAAGCCACAUCUGAAGGCCUUGCACACCUGCAGCCCGACCAAUAAGCUCUCUAGUCAUAAGCAGAAGCUCUUCCGAAUGCACACCCCGCGGAAGCAGAGUCAGAAGCUCAGUUUUAAGGAGCGAGUACGCAUGGCUAGCCCAAGGGGCCAGAGUAUCAAGAGCAGACAAGCCUCAGUCGGGGACAGAAGGUCCCCGAGCGCCGACGUCACCGCCGAGGGCAGCCCCACCAAAGUGCAGAAGAGCUGGAGCUUCAACGACCGGACUCGCUUCCGGCCCUCGCUGCGCCUCAAAAGCUCGCAGCCCAAGCCGGCCGUUGACGUGGACACAGCGCUUGGCACUGAUGACGUGUAUGAUGAGAAAGGAUGCCAGUGCGACGUAUCAGUGGAAGACCUCACCCCACCCCUGAAAACUGUCAUUCGAGCUAUCAGAAUUAUGAAAUUUCAUGUUGCGAAACGGAAGUUUAAGGAAACAUUACGCCCAUAUGAUGUAAAGGAUGUCAUUGAACAGUAUUCUGCUGGUCAUCUGGACAUGUUGUGUAGAAUUAAAAGCCUCCAAACACGUGUUGAUCAAAUUCUUGGAAAAGGGCAAAUCACAUCUGAUAAGAAGAGUCGAGAGAAAAUGCCAGCAGAACACGAGACCACAGAUGAUCUCAGCAUGCUGGGCCGCGUGGUCAAGGUCGAAAAACAGGUUCAGUCCAUCGAGGCCAAGCUGGAUUGCCUGCUCGACAUGUACCAGCAGGUCCUCCGGAAGGGCUCCGCCUCCGCCCUCACUCUGGCCUCCUUCCAGGUCCCACCCUUUGAAUGUGAACAGACAUCCGACUAUCACAGCCCCGUGGACAGCAAAGACCUGUCCAGUUCCGCACAGAACAGCGGCUGCUCGUCCAGGUCGGCCAGUGCCAACAUCUCUGGGGGCCUGCAGCUCAUUCUGACGCCAAACGAGUUCAGCGCUCAGACUUUCUAUGCGCUCAGCCCUACUAUGCACAGUCAAGCUACGCAGGUGCCGGUGAGUCAAAGUGACGGCUCAGCAGCGGGAGCCACCAACAGCAUCGCAAACCAAAUACUCGCCGCCCCCAAGCCAGCAGCGCCAGUGACCUUACAGAUCCCGCCCCCUCUCCCAGCCAGCAAGCAGCUGCCGGGACCAGAGGCCCUGCACCCGAACCCCGCAGGCUUCCAGGAAAGUGUCUCCGACGUCACCGCCUGCCUUGUGGCCUCCAAGGAAGGUGUCCGGGCCGCGCAGUCCAGUCUGGCCAAGGACCGCUCUCCGAGGAAAAGCUUCGACACAGGAGGAGAAACUCUGCUGUCCGUCCGCCCCGUGGUGCCCAGGGACUUGGGCAAGUCUCUGUCUGUGCAAAACCUGAUCAGGUCGACAGAGGAACUGCAGGUGCAGCUUUCAGGGAGCGAAUCAAGUGGCUCCAGAGGCAGCCAGGAUUUUUACCCCAAGUGGAGGGAAUCCAAAUUGUUUAUAACUGAUGAAGAGGUGGGUCCUGAAGAGACCGAGACGGACACUUUCGAGGCAGAGCCGCAGGCGGCCAGGGCAGCCGCGUGUGCAUCGGACUCUCUGCGGCCCGGCAGGUCGCGGUCAUCUCAGAGCGUCUGUAAGGCCGGAGAAAGUGUAGAUGUCCUCAGCUUGCCGCCCGUCAAGCUGAAAUGAGUCCUUCGUUUUCCUUCUAAGCAUAGCGGUUCUUCAGCCAUACACUUCAUUGCAUGAACUACUCUGAAAGCCCUUCUAAGAGGUUAAACAGUGAGAAUCGGAAAGAACCCGAUCGGUGGUGUGGAAGCCCCUUAUCUUUUAACUGCAUGAAAAUGCAUGUUUAGGGAUGGCUGAAAGUCAGGGUACAGCGACAUGAAGCCCCCCCAUUUAGGGACGUACCUUGAGUUAAGCAUCCUGAGAAACGGAACACUGCUAAUGCCAUGGGGAGUGUGAGAAUGUCAAGAUGAGACCAGUUCGAAGAUCUGAAAGCAGGGAGUAACCACCCUCAGAUUGCAGGAAUUUCUGCUUCGUGAUUAAGUACAAUAUACAUUUCCAAAAUCAGGUCAUAAUGUAUAUUUCAACACAAUGGCUAUCAUCAACAGCUGCUAACAAGGUACCGAGUAAAGCAGAAUUUGGGAAUAGAAAUGGCUGCUUAUAUCAAGAUGCAUUUGCCAGCCCACUCCUACCCGGUCAUUGUAUUAUGGACGUCGUCGGAAUGUCCGUGCGUGCGCUUCCCGUGAGGUGGCGUGUGGCACGCUGCUUUGCACACCACACUCAUGUUGUUCUUUCUGACGAGAAUGUUGUUCAAGUAGCCGAUGUGCAUAUAAUGACCUUCAGGGCCAGUGGGGCAAACAGACUGACUGCUCAGCACCCUGACUCCCUGGGCACUAUUCCCUGUGGCUGAAUCACCUUCACACAUGGGCGACGAGGCACCAACCAGUGGAACAGCCAGUGUGCGGGGGCCAUCCCCCUGCAGCAGAGCCACCCCAGGCCGACACUGCCUGUACAAAGGGGAGUGACUACAAGCUGGUCCCGCUAAGCUGAGGUACAGGCCGGGUCCCCGAGAAUGAGACGUUUGAGUGAGACUGCUGGGGGAGGCUUGGAAUGAAUCCAGACACAACACCAGGAAGCAGGUGACGUUAAAAGAAGACGAUGUCCCCCUCAAAGGGCAAGGAGAGAGAAAAACCAAAAUAAAAGUAUCCGAUUUUUUAGAAAAUGAAUAUUGUAGGGACUCCAACUACCUAAACAUCCCUUAUUCUUAUAUAUAAACAGAGACUUCUGCAAGGUAUUUAUUUUUUAAGAGGCCCUGAAUGGUUUUUGCUAUUAUGUAGUACAUUUUGCACAGGAAAGGCUAAAGCUAAACGUGCUUUACUUUUUAUACUGUCGUGAACGUUCUCCGUUCUCCCCAAGACUGUUGCCCCACAUCUGAAGUUACUGGUCCCGUUUCCUGGUGUAAACAUGCACAGUUAGAGUGCAGGGAAGCCCGGUAGGGCCGCACAUCAGAACACUGGACCUCACAGCAGAGCAGCCAAAAGAGCACGGGAACCAAACCAAAGACGUCGUCGGCCGAGAGCAAGCCAUGCUGCCGGCCCGUCGGAACCAGGGCGGCCCGCUCAGCCCGGCAGAACUUCGGCCAAGGUGAGGAUAACAGAACAGAACCUCAGCUCAGCUCAACUCCAACCCAGAAGGAGUUCAAGAAGCAUAUUCCCCGGGCGUGGUGCUGCCUCCAGGAAAACUCCGCCGGCAGCCAGGAAGACCAGCAGGGGUGUGGAUGGCUGUCCGGAGGCAGGAGGGGACUGACCACCCAAGCCCACCCAGCUCUCUCCUGCAGCCAGCUCCGUCCACCCUGGGCUCCCCCUCUUCUCUUCUUCAUUAGCUGCUCAUCCCUUCCCUGCCUCUGGUUAGAAGUUCACUGGGCCUUAGCCAGCCUCCAUCCCCAAGCAAACCGCCCCUCUCUGCUCCACCUAAAAUGUGCUUCUCGGCCUUUUAAAAUCUCUGCCCCUUUUGAUAAACUCUGAAAUGUUAACAGCUUCAUCUUCUCACCCACCUGGAUUCCCGCGCACUCCCCUGGACAGUGUCAUUCAGAAUCUUCUCGGCUGCUGGAGGCACACGGAACAUAGAGUCUAAAUUUUACACUCCAGUUAGAAAGGUUUUGUCAAGCUUUUAAAGCAAUUGUUUUCAUUUCUGAAAGAAACAGGAUUUUAGUCAAUUAUUAAAUGCUUUUCAUCUACCCAUGUCUCCACUCAACGUGAAGUUGUGAUACAGCCUCCCAAGGAGGUUGUACACAUAGACCACACACACACACACACACACACACACACACACACACACUCCACUGACCUACAGCCAGGUACCCACCCUGCCCUCAGCGGGCUCUCUCCAAAUAUGACUCCAGGAAAAGGUGGGAGGCGGCAGCUUUCAGGGAGCAAUGAUUCUUGGACACGCUCUGUCCUGGGUCAGACCCCACUGGCAGCAGGAAUUCUGAAUGUACUGGGGACCCCUCCUCGGGCCUCCGUGGGCCUCAAACACAGUGCAGUUCAUCCAGCAUUGUUAAAGGCAAAGACACAGAAACAAAACCUCACCACGUCACUGAGGUCUUAACCAUAACAAGACGUGAUGAACCGUGUGGUGAAAAACUCCACUGAAGCCAUGACCAUUUUGUGUCCACCUUACUAGAGCACAGAAAUUCUUGGAUGUUCAGAGAGCUGUAAUGUGUGAGAGCUCUAGGGUUUUGUCUGUUGGGUUACUCUCUGUGUUGCUGAGAGGAGGGUCUCCCAUUUACACUUAGCAAAGCCCCGUUGGUCAACCCCAAAUGGUGUUUUGGGGCACAAGGUAGGAGCCCUGAGUAGCCACGUGCUCCCAGCUCAAGUUCAAUAUGCAGGCUUGAUCGCGCUUACACUUACCUGCAAACACCCCUUCUAGGAGCUAAGGUUUUUGCUACGUCUGAGCUAAAUGUUUGCAUUUUGUUCAACUCAAUGAGUAUCUGUAGAUUGCAACUUUUAUUUAAAGUAAGACACUUUGAGUUUUCAAGUCUUUAUCUCCUGCUCUAAGGUGCCUUUCUCACCUCCCUUUGACUCAGUGAUUCUGAAAGUUCCUAAUUUGCAGGUAAACAGGUCUAGCAGAGGGAAAAUCAGGCACAAAGUGAUUAAGUCUUAUGCCCAUUUGCAAAGCAAAAUAUAAGAAAGGAUGAAACCUUUGCAACUAAGUUAAUGAAUCAUUCAUUCGACCAGUUUGAGAAAAAUGUCAUAAAUAUUAACUUAUCUCCCCAGAAGCUGAUAUUUUUUGCCUUAAACGACUUGGUUGUGUUUUUGUAAAAGAAAUUUAAUUUAAUAUAAUUAUGUGCAUUUAAGUGAGCAGUUCUAAAAGUCAAGUAUGACAAUACAGUUGUCUGUUUCCUGAAAACAAAUAAAUCAGGAAUAUCAUAUCCAUUUCAAGCUAUCAUUAAAAUGUAAUUUCCUUGGCUCUCUUUUACUGAGAUUAUUUGUUUUAAAGUAAAACAUUAAAAAGAUGUCUAUAAA